UGCAGUCUCACAUGCACACAGAGUGAUAAAUAUAUCGUUUAAAAUGUCUUCGUACUCGUUACCAGAGGGAUUCAGUGAGUUUGAUAUGUUCGCUUUCGGCUCCGCGCUGCUGGUCGGAGGUCUUCUUGGGUUCUUCCUAAACUUUAUUUCAGUCGUGGCGUUCCUGAGGGUCCGAGAGAUGAGAACACCCAGUAAUUUCUUCAUCUUCAAUCUGGCUUUGGCUGAUUUGAGUCUCAACAUUAAUGGUCUGGUGGCCGCUUACGCCAGUUAUCUGAGAUACUGGCCGUUUGGAUCGGAGGGAUGUCAGAUGCACGGCUUUCAGGGGAUGAUCUCAAUUCUAGCUGCUAUCAGUUUUCUCGGUGCUGUUGCCUGGGACAGAUACCAUCAGUACUGCACUAAGCAGAAGAUGUUCUGGAGCACGUCCGUGACCAUCAGCACCAUCAUCUGGAUCCUGGCCGUGUUCUGGGCUGCUCUACCGCUGCCUAUGAUUGGCUGGGGAGUGUUUGACUUUGAGCCAAUGAGAACAUGCUGUACACUGGACUACACUAAAGGAGACAGGAGUUACAUCACCUACAUGCUGACCAUCACUGUGCUCUAUUUAGCUUUUCCUGUUAUCAUUCUGCACUCUUCCUACAGUGCCAUCUAUGCACAUUUCAAAAAGAUUCACCACUUUAAGUUUAAUACAGGUGUACCUCUGAAGGUGCUUCUGUUGUGCUGGGGUCCAUAUGUACUGAUGUGCACGUACGCCUGCUUUGAGAACGUGACUCUUGUUUCGCCCAAGCUCAGAAUGGUCCUUCCGGUUCUGGCAAAAACAGCUCCGAUCUUUCAUGCCGUGCUGUACUCGUACGGGAAUGAGUUCUACAGAGGAGGACUUUGGCAGUUUCUCACAGGGCAGAAAUCUGCAGACAAAAAGAAAUAAAAAAAGUUUCAGCAGUUUGUUUUGAUGCAUUAAACCACAUGAUGUAUUCAGAUCAAACGUUUACACACUGUUACUGUAACUUCAGUGCCUUUUGGGCAUGUUCCAUAUGUGCCGUUUUAUUGACAACUGUGACUUUACAUUUGAAGGAUAAUGUGACAGAUGUGAGAAAUUGUAAAAAUAAACCUCUGCCUAACACAAGACUUUCAAGACAUUCAGAUUCACUCACUAUUUCUGUAUAAUAAUAAUAUCCUAUAUCUGUUGACUAAUACAUCUUUAAGGGUUUGCGUAUGAAUGUAAUCUACUGAGAGAUUUUCAGCAUCAAAUCUUGGCAGUGGUGAACAAAAGGGCCUUUGACUGUUAAUCCUCAGAAUACAUGCUGGGGCUGAUGGGUUAGAAUGCAAUGGUACAGUGUUGUUUACAUACAAUAAGAUGUUUUCAAUAUAAGCUCACUGCAGGGUUUAUUCGCUCAUGAGAAUUAGAAAAGCCGUUGGAGAUGUUACGAGUCCACCAUGAGGUAUAAAGGUGACUGUUCACUAUAGUGUUAGAGGGUCUUUUUCUUUCAUAGGAACAAUCAGACUCUACCCCAAACCCUAAUUGUCUCCUGAUUCUUUAAUAAAGGCUAUUGUUAUGUGA